GGUGGUAAUCUUAAACCAACAACAACAACAACAAAAACAAAAAAAAACCAGAACAAUGAUGGGUGAUAAUCGAAAACAACGUUAUGUACUUCAAGUACAUGUUGGUUCAUAUAGUCGACUGUAUGAAGCAUUAUCAAUUGAAGCGGAAAAAAUUACAACAGCAAGAGAAAUUGUUGAUUGUAUUUGUGAAAAAUUAAGUCUUACCGAUGGUACGGAUGUUUAUGAAUUAGCCGAAGUAAUUGGUAAUCAAGGUGGACAAGAUUGUAAAGAACGUCGUAUUGGUCCAAAUGAAUGUCCAAUUGCAUUGAAAUUAUUAUGGCCAAAAAAAGGUGAUAAAGGAACAGCAACUGGUUUAGGUGGUGGUCAUGUUGAUUAUAAAUUUUGUUUACGAAGAAAAUGGAUGGGCAAUCUUUGGCCAUUAUCAAUGACCGAUACGAAUGAUUCUCAAUUGAUACGUGAUUAUUUUUUACGUUUUCUUUAUCAACCACGGAAUUCUGAAUAUCCAGAUUUGUGCCAAUUACCUGAUCUUACUGAACAAACACUUUUAGAUAAUUUAAAGGCUCGAUUCGAAAAAAAUCAUAUCUAUACAUAUGUUGGAUCGAUACUCAUCGCUGUGAAUCCAUUUACAUUUUAUCCAAUUUAUAAUCCAAAAUAUGUUCAAUUAUAUCAAAAUCGUCGAUUGGGCGAUUUACCACCGCAUAUUUUUGCUAUUGCAGAUGCUGCCUAUCAGUCAAUGUUACGAAAACGGACCAAUCAAUGUAUUGUGAUAAGUGGUGAAUCUGGUUCGGGUAAAACUGAAUCCACCAAUCUGCUGUUACAUCAUUUGACAGCUCUUUCGCAAAAAGGUACACAUGGUACUGGUGUUGAACAAACAAUUCUAGGCGCUGGACCAGUACUUGAAGCAUUCGGUAAUGCCAAAACAAAAUUCAAUAAUAAUUCAUCAAGAUUUGGAAAAUUUAUUCAAGUCAAUUAUAAAGAAAAUGGUGCAGUUCAUGGUGCAUUAGUUCAGAAAUAUCUGUUGGAAAAAUCAAGAAUUGUAUCACAAGUAAAAAAUGAACGAAAUUAUCAUGUAUUUUAUUAUUUACUUGAUGGUCUAUCCACCGAAGAUAAAGAAAAAUUAUAUUUAACAAAACCACAAGAUUAUUUCUACUUAAAUCAAUCAAAAUGUUAUACACUUGAAGGUGUGGAUGAACGACAUGAAUUUUUUCGUCUUACACAAUCAAUGGAAAUGGUUGGAUUUAGUCGUCAUAAACAAUUUUUAUGUUUCAGUGUAUUAUCGGCCGUUUUACAUUUGGGUAAUGUACAAUUCUCAAAAAAAUCUACUUAUCAUUCGGAUGAAACUGUUAUGAUUAAGAAUCCUGAAGUGGUAACAAUCAUUUCAAAAUUAUUGAAUGUUAAAGAAGAAACAUUAACCGCUGCACUUACUUGUAAACGAACAAAAGCUGCAAAAGGUGAAAUGUUAGUUAUUAAUUAUAAACAUCCUGAUGCUAUUGCUACACGUGAUGCAAUGGCUAAAUGUUUAUAUGGUGUACUAUUUGAUUGGAUUGUUAUGCAAGUAAAUCAUGCAUUAUUAUCGAAAAAAGAUAUUCGUGAUCAUAAAGGAAAUAGUAUUGGUGUAUUGGAUAUAUUUGGUUUUGAAGAUUUUGGUGAUCAUAAUAAUUUUGAACAAUUCUGUAUAAAUUAUGCUAAUGAACGUUUACAGUAUUAUUUUAAUUCACAUGUUUUCAAAUAUGAACAAGAAGAAUAUCAACGUGAAGGAAUUAGUUGGAGAAAUAUUGAUUUCAAUGAUAAUACUGAAUGUUUAGGUUUGAUUGAAGAUAAACCAGAUGGUCUAUUAUAUUUAUUGGAUGAUCAGUGCAAUUUUCCUUGUGGUAGUAAUGAAACAAUAUUUCAAAAAUUUAUUUAUCAUCAUAAUUCAAAUCCAUUGUUUGAAGUACCACCUUGUCGUGGUUCAGCAUUCACUAUUAAACAUUAUGCGGGCAAAGUUAAAUAUCAGAUACGUGAUUUUCGUGAAAAAAAUCUCGAUCUCAUGAGACCAGAUAUUGUUGCCGUACUGAAAGUUUCUAAAAUGGCAUUUGUACGUGAAUUAGUUUGUUCCGAUCCGUUAGCAUUAUUUCGUUGGCAUAUUCUUAAAGCAUUUUUUAAAGCUUAUUUUCAUUUUACUAAACUUCGUGAAAUAUCUAAAAUGAAACGAGGUUUAUCCGGUACUUAUUUAGUAAAAGAAUAUGCCAAUGCUAAUCAACGACGAAAUAAUCAACAGCAUAAUAAUCAAUUAAGUUUGAUCGAUAAAAGCUGCAGUGUUGUUUAUCAAAGUAAAACUGUCGGUAAUAAUAAUAAUAAUUCUUUGCUACAAUCAAAUGAUUCGAAAGCAAAAUAUUCUGAUAUUGCAAAACGAUUAUCAUCAUCAACAUCAAAUUAUCAUACAUUUUUGGCCACAAAUCGUUGUAAACCUACUACAACAGCAUCAGUAACGAUUGCUUCAAAUUCUUGUAUUAAUCAUGGUGCAUCAUCAUCAUCAUCAUCAUUAUCAUGUCCAUUUCAUGGUACACAGGCACAUCUUUGUUCUUCCGAAGCUCGUGUUUUAUCUCGUGCAAACAAAAUUCUAAUGAAAAAGAAAUACUCAUCAUCAUCAUCAACAUAUUCAUGGCAAAAGAAGAAUGGAUUUGAAAAAUCCAUACGUAAUUUUAAAUUAUUAAAACAAUUAUUAGGUCCACCAACAGCAACAUUAAAUUCACCUGGUUCAACAUCGGCUAAUAAAGAACGACCAAUUUCAGUAACAAGAGCUGUUGCAAGAAAACAAACACAAACUGUAACACAUCAAUUUCAACAAUCAUUACAACAAUUAAUGGAUACAUUAAGCCAUGCAAAUCCAUUUUUUGUUCGUUGUAUAAAAUCGAAUGCAGAUAAAAUGCCAAAUCAUUUUGAUGAUCGUCUUGUAUUACAACAAUUACGUUAUACUGGAAUGUUAGAAACUGUUCGUAUUCGACAAUCAGGAUAUUCUGUUCGUUUAACAUUCGAUGAAUUUAUACAACAUUAUCGUAUUCUAUUACCAAAAGGUUUAUUAUCAUCCAAAAUGGAUGUACAAAAAUUUUUACUUAAUAUGAAAUUACCAUCAGAAAUGUAUCAGAUUGGUAAAACAAAAAUUUUUAUGCGUGAAAGUGAAAAAUUAGCAUUAGAUGAACGUCUUCAUGAAGAAAUAUUACGACGUAUUAUUAAUCUUCAACGAUGGGUUCGAACAUGGAUCUGUCGAAAACGAUUCAACGAAAUGCGAAAUGCGGCGGUCACUGUUCAAACAUUUGUUCGUCGUUUUAUUGCACAAAAACGUUUAAAACGUUUAAAAAUGAUUGCCCAAUAUGAAAAUUGGGCAGCUAAUGCUAUACAAAAACAUUGGCGUGCAUAUCAAACACGAAAAUGGUUUACUAAUCUUCGAAAAUCAAUUGUAAAAUUUCAGGCUUGUUGUCGUGGUCAUAUUUUUCGUAAAACUAAUCGUAUGACUGAAGUUAUUGAAGAAUGUGCACAAGCUAGAGAAAAAGAACAAAAACAAAUGGAAGAAGAAUCGAAUCGACAAUCAUCGAAUAUGAAUAACAAUAAUAAUAAAAUGUCUAAUGUUUCAGUUUUGAUACGAACAACACCACCAAAUUCAUCAUCAUCAUCAUCGUCGACAGCGAUUAAAGAAGGUGGUGAAAAUUCAACAACAUCAUCAACAUUUGCUAAUCAAAAUGAAAUAGUCAUUCAUAAUAUUUCAUCCAAUAUGGAUGCAAAUCAGGAUGCAAAUCUGAUCAUUCCUGUUAAUGUGAUAAAUCGUUCGGCUGCUACAGCAGGAGCAGGUGAUGAAGAAUCAUCAUCAGUGAUUGAUGUUGAUGAUGUUGUUGUUACGAUUGGUGGCAAUAUCAAUGAUGAUGAUCUUGUUGAUCUUGAUGAUGAUGAUUUUGAAAACGGUAAUAAUCGACGUGUACGAUUGAAUCGUAAACGUAAUAUUCCGAUAAGAAAAACAUCGUUUAAACGAAAAGCAAAUAACAAAUCAUUAUCGGAUGAAAAACUUUUGACAACCAGCACAUCUACAUCGCCAAUAUCAAUAACUACGACUACAAUUUCUUCAGCAUCAACAUCAACAUUAGAAUCAUUCACAACAACGGCAACAACAACAACAACAAGUAUAACAAAUCUAACUAAAACUGAUCAUAAUUUCAAUCAACAACAGCAACAUCGACAAUUGACAAAAUUAUCAAGUGAUUCUAAAGUGCAUGGGCUUGCCGGUUCGAAUUCUUCGUUUGUUUCUUCCGGUUAUUUGACUAAUAGUGAUAGUGCAUCAAGUAUACAAAAACUUCGCAUUGGCAGUACCAGUAGUAAUAACAGCGAACAACAACAACAACAUAUUACUUCCAUAACAAGCAUUGGUUCCGAUAUUUUACAGCCACAACAUCCUUCAUCAUCAUCAUCAACAACAACAACAUUGGCGAAUACGACUUUUCCAUAUUCGAUUAAUGUAACAUCAGCCAAUCAAAUAGUUAUUCCCAGUGUUACAAAUCGAACGACAAUAAAACAACAAACGUUUGAUGAAUCUCAAACUUCUAUCGUACCAUCAUCAGGACCAAUUCAAAAAGCAAAAGCUACUUUCCGUAAUAUAAUGGGUAAAUCAUCAAGUAAUUCGGAGAUUAAUAAACGUCUUUUGAAACAAACAAUGUCAGUCAAAUCAGGAAUGGAAUUUGAAUCUGUUAAUUUAACUGAACAAAUGAAUCGAACAUAUAAUCUUUUGAAUAAUAAAAGUUUGUCAAACAAUGAUUUAGGAAUGAGAGUGAAUGAAACGCCUAAUAUAUCGAAAAAUUCAACUAGUCAAAGUGAUAUUCAUUCACAAUUGAAUUCGGUUUUUUCUUCGAUGAAUAUGCCAACGCCAUAUAAUUUUCAUCAUCUACAACAACAACAACAACAAUUAAAAGCUAAAGAUGAAAACUUUACCCUACUGUCUCGACAUUCGAUACACGAUGAAAGUAGUUUUAAAUCUGGUGAAAUUUGUGCCAUUUGUGAAAAUCCUAUUCUUGUUCAACAACCGAUACAACAAUCAAAUCAACCUCAAAUCCAUUUGAAAUGUUCUGAAUGUAAACAACUUUUCCAUAAGAAAUGUAUUCAUCUUAGUUCGGAUAUUCCUUGUAUCAAGGAAGGUUCAAGCUUAAGUUCGUCUGUACUUGGAGCAUUCAAUCCACCUCGACCACCAAGAAGCAAACAGAAAAAAACUAAAAUUACCAGUGGAAAAAGUCUUGAUUCAUCCAUCAAAGAGAAUCAAGCAUUGACAUCAUCAUCGUCUUCUUCAAAUGUUCAGCCAUUCUCUGCUCCAGCUAAACAAUCAGUUAGAGUGAAACAAUUUACUGAUCCACAUGAUAUUCUUAUUACCGAUCUAGAUGAAUUGACAUCAAUGGAUAAAUUUAUUUCGAAAAAGAUUCGUGAUAUGGAUGAUAAUAUAUUGUUCAAAAAGAAAACAAAUAAUGAACCAAAAGAAUGUAUGGUCGAUAUUGUUUUCAAAUUAGCUUUGAAAGAAUUUAAAAAUAAUUUAAUUUCCACUUACUCGGUAACUCAUCAAGUUAGUGGUAAUCAAAUCGUUCGAUUGACCUAUAAGGAUUUGAUUGAUCAUUUUGCACAGAUUUUAUUGAAUGUCUGUGAAAUAGAAAAUACAUUCAAAUCAUUUCCUGUGAUUCUUGGUGUGAAUGCUUUUCGUGGUUAUAUGGAUGAAUUACGUAAUAUGCAUAAUACAAAAAUCAAUAAAGAAGAAAAAAUUAAUGGACCAAAUUUUAAGAAAUCUCAAAAACGUAAACAAAGCAAAAAACGUGCCCGUAACAAGAAAGAUGAUUUUUACAAAACAUAUGAACAUGAAUUCUAUAUUUCAACGGCCAACAUUUAUACUGUAUGCGAAGUUUGUGAUUCCUAUGUUUGGAUGAUGGAAAGAAUAUUUAUCUGUCGCCGUUGUAAGCUUGCUUGCCACAAAAAAUGUUUCGAUAAAGUUGCUUCUACUUGUGGUAACAAUAAUAAAUCUUCUAAUAAAUUGAUCUUUGGAUCGCCACUUUCAUCACUCGUUACAGAAGAAUGUCGUAUUCCAUUGGUUGUCGAACAUUUGAUUGCUAAAAUCGAACUGAAAGGCUUAUAUGCUGAAGGAAUUUAUCGUAAAUCGGCUAGACUGACAAGCAUAACUGAAUUGAAACAAAUGUUUGAUGCACAACGUUUGGAUAUCGAUUUAGAUCAUUAUAGCGUUCAUGUUCUUGCCGGUUGUUUGAAAUUGUUUUUUCGUGAAAUGCCCGAACCGCUUAUGACUUAUGAGCUCUAUGAUGAUUUCCUUUGGGCCACCACAGUUACCGAUCCUAUUGAACGAAAUCAAAUAAUAUUCAAUCAUAUCAGCAAACUUCCAAAGCCAAACUAUGAUCUCCUUGAACGUUUAACAUUUCAUUUAGCUCGUGUGGCUCGCCAGGAAUCGGCUAAUCGUAUGAAUGCAAAUUCAUUGGCCAUCGUAUUUGCUCCCUGCAUACUCCGAACAAACAAAUCAAUGCAAAUGCAAGAUAAAUUGAAUGAUAUCAGUAAACAAACAAUUUGCAUCGAAAGUAUCAUAAGCGAACAAAUGCGACAGAUAUCUGAUACACUUAACGAUAUCGAUAUAUUGGACACUGCUUGUCAUACGGCCUCAUCUCGCCUUUCUUCGAUUCGCCAUUCCAAGAUGAACAUGCAUCGUGAUGCAAUAUCGGUUGUACGUGCACAUUCAAAUGUCGAUGAUGAAGAAGAAUAUCUGACUCAACAGAUUUCGGAAUUGAUUACCGAAAAGAAUCAUUUGACUACAAUAUUACCGACUUUUAGAAUCGCUUCGGCCUGUUCGGAUGAAGAUAUUCUUUCGUCGAAUGAAAAUGAAGAAAUGGUCAAUACAAAUGCCAGUUCAGAUGAAUGUUUAAAUUCUACUGUCAAUAGUGAUAACAUAAAAACAUUGAAUACCAAAACGCUGAAAAGCACUGGAAACGUUAACUCUAAUAAAAUAUCCACAACGAAUCUUACUCAAACUAAAAAUGAAAUUCGCUGAUUACUUGAAGUUUUGUCCGUCCAAUGACUACAACUGCAAUUUUUUAAAAGAUAACCUUGAUUUUUGCUAAAACCGUUAAUAUGGUUAUUUAGUCACAACAGACUGAAAUUGACUUUUAUCGUUUAUGAAUUUUAUCAUAAUUAUAUAUUUU